AUGGACACAAAAGCUGUGAAAUUCGAUGAGUUUAAUCCUCAAACGGACAAUUAAUUUGACCGGCUAAAAUUUUGUUUCGAGGCAAAUGGCGUCAUAACAGAUUCGUCUAAACGAGCAAAUUUCUUUACUGUGUGUGGAUCACGAGUGUUUGAAACGUUACUAGCAUUAAUUACACCUAGAAAAGCGAGUGAAGUGACAUUUUUGGAAAUAGAAACUAUUCUAAGUAAACAUUACAGCCCGAGACCGAACGAAAUAUCGGUUUCGUUUCAAUUUUAUAAACGUGAUCAAAAACAUAAUGAAUCAGUGGCAGAUUACAUUGCUCACCUGAGAAAACUUAGUUCGGGUUGCAAUUUUGUCGAUUUGGAACGUAUGCUACGCGACAGACUCGUGUGUGGUAUGCGUGAUGACCGGUUACAGUACGAACUAUUGAAACGGGACAAAUUACGCUAUCAAGACGUAGUGGAUGCUAUGUUAUCAUCGGAAAGUGCGGGGCGAGAUGUACGCAUGAUUCAAGUGUCUGCUGGCGCGACCGCGGCGGACGACACAACCAUGCCCGGUCCCUCUCGCGGGUCCGGCGGAACGUCAUUUUUGGGUUCAGAACCGAUGGAUAUUAACGCUGUCCAGUCAAGAGCUUCCAUUCGUUUUUGCUACCGAUGUGGUAACCGGCACAAUGGACAAUGCAGAUUUUUAAAUGCCAUUUGUAGCUACUGUAAGAAGAAGGGUCACCUUGAGAAGAUUUGCAUUAGUAAAAAGAAAAACAAAACUAAUACUGUUAAUUUCGCUGAAGAAUCAGAUGAUUGUUUGAAUGGAAUUUACUGUAUGUCAAGUGUGAGUCGCACGCCGCCUUAUGAAGUGAUAGUUUCACUGGCUGGAGUGCCAGUCUGUAUGCAACUGGAUACAGGAGCAAGCUAUUCUAUAAUAAAGGAGCAAACUUGGCACAAACUUUGCACACAGAUGCCACAAGCCGUACUGCGACCUAGCACAUUGUCAUUACGAACAUGGACAGACACACCGGUCCAAAUACUCGGUCAAGUAACACUGCCUGUAUGUUAUAAGGAUGUCUCACAAAAUUUGUGUGUUAUUGUGGCCAAGGGGAAUGGACCAAACCUGCUUGGUCGAGACUGGCUUGCUGCUUUUAACUUUACAAUGAAUAUUAAUUUUGUAUCAAAUACGGAUAUCAAAGCAAUAGAUGCAAUCCUAUCUAAACAUAAGGAAGUUUUCAAAAAUGGACUCGAUACCUACCGUGGACAGCCUGUGACUAUACAUGUGAAACAAGGAGCAACUCCAAAGUUCCUUAAAGCUCGUCCGGUGCCAUUCGCUAUAAAACAAAGGGUUGAAAUUGAGAUUGCUAGAUUAGAAAGUGAAGGAGUAUUACGCCAAACGUCUUUCUCAGAUUGGGCUACACCGGUAGUGCCAAUAAUAAAAAAGUCAGGGGAGAUAAGGUUGUGUGGAGAUUAUCGCAGCACCGUAAAUGAGGCAACUGAAUCUGAUACCUAUCCUAUGCCUACAGCGAAUGAAGUGUUUGCUGCAGUUGCUGGUUGUAAAUUUUUCACCACCUUGGAUUUAGAUCGGGCGUAUACCCAGGUUAUGGUAGAUGAGAAGACUUCAAAACUCCUUACUUUGAAUACUUGCAAGGGCCUUUACACUGUACAUCGCCUGGCCUUCGGUGUUAAAGCAUGCCCCGGAAUUUUUCAACGUUUGAUGACAUCUUUACUGGGUGGUAUCGCAGGUAUCGCUGUUCUAAUUGAUGACAUAAUAAUCGGGGGUCAUACUUUGCUGGAAAUGCAAGAACGACUUAACGAAGUACUAGGAAGAAUUGAACAUGCAGGACUACGUCUAAAUAAAAACAAAUGCAAAUUCGGUCAAGAAAGAGUGGAGUUUCUAGGCUUUGUAAUUGAUGGGAAUGGCAUCCAUCCUGCACCAAGUAAGGUUGAAUCUAUUGCAAAGACUCCUGAACCUAAAAACAAACGAGAACUACAAGCUUUUCUUGGUCUUUAUAAUUUUUAUGAGAGGUUCAUACCUCAUAAAGCCACUUUAUUGGAGCCUUUACAUCGUUUGCUGGAUACCCGGCAAGAAUGGCAUUGGACUGAACGGGAACAAAAUUCAUUUGAGACGGCAAAGCGAUUAUUUACAUUUGAUUUAACGUUAGUUCAUUAUGACGUAGCUAAACCUAUAACACUUACUUGUGAUAGUUCAGAAUAUGGUGUAGGAGCUGUAUGUUACAUGUGA